AUGUGGUGCAAGGCAGGAGGCAGCGUCGCUGCUUUGCAAGCUGCAGAAGAACGGGAAGCAUUCCUUCUGGAGCUGCAAAAGCCAUUGGUGGCAAGGUAUGGCUUUGAGGAGUCUGCAAAGGGCGUGCGGGAUGCCAUGGUUGAGUACGCUGACAUUGCCGAGAACAACUUGGUCAAAAGCUCAGGCGAUUUCCUUCAGAUAACAGGUGUGAUUGGACAUCCUGAGGUGACGAAGCGCCACAACCAUAUGGAGAGGCUUCUCGCUGGGGGAGAGGCCAUCCGGAACUUCGGCACUAGGCGACCAGCGCCUCCUAGCCAAUUCCCCUUGGUUGCACGGGAGGAGACCGGAAUGUGUGAGGAGGUUUUAGUCGGACUUGCCAGGGCAGUUGCCAAUUCUCAAACAUUCAUGCAGGACUUUGAAAAGAGCUUUGAAGGCCGGCGCCUGCCGGUGCCGCGGAAAGACAUGCUGGCUGCCAACACCACUGAGGCCUUUGGAUAG